AUGGGUGCCCUCCUUGGUUUGGUCCUGUGUCUCUAUUUACCCUGUUUAUUCAGUCAGUCAGUGACACAGAAACCUUUAAAUGUUUCUAAGAACGAGUGUGAGUCCCUUACCAUCACCUGUGCUUUUAAUGAAUAUCAUUGGUAUUACACUUAUCAUUUUGAGAGUGGAACAUUCUUCAAACAAACGCAGACAGCCACAGAAUGGGAGCGGAUCUCCAGCGGCGGGAGAUUUGUUCUGUCCACGGAUAAAGCUCAAAAGACAUUUUCGUUGAAAAUUCGGGAUGCCAGAGUUGAAGACACUGCCACCUAUUACUGUAAAGCUCAAUACUCGUGCUAUGCACACAGUGACAGGCCUCGGCUUCCCGUCGCUCAAAAACUCUCGCAGGAGCAUGUCGAUGGACCCGGGACAAUGGUGACUGUCACACCUGAUUCCAGUACCCCGAUAUCUCAGAGACCGCUUGUGCAAACCUCUCCUGCUGGUGACAACGUUACUCUAAGUUGUAAGUAUUCAGAAUCCUGUCAGUACACAGUUUACUGGUACAAUCAGUCCCCAGGACAGGCUCCGAAAUACCUCCUUCAGAGAGACACUACAGGAGAGGCGAAGAAAGAAAAUGCUGCUGGACUACGAAUUUCGGAAUCUUUUGAUCCACAGGCAAAAAUCAGUCAGUUAAUGAUCUCUCGAAUACAACUAAGUGAUUCUGCUGUUUAUUACUGUGCAAGGAGUCGGCAGUCAGCACGCACACUGAUUCAGGCUGGAGAAUAUGCCAUCGCUGAUCAUGCACAAACACAAAAAUUAGAAACAUUGAAAGAUAUUCCGACCUUGAGUCUGCACUGA